CGUUCUGAUCCGGAAGUGACAAAAUAAGGUAAACAGGAACUGUCAGUAAAAAACAAUUUAUCGCAAUAAAAGUGCAAGCCCAGAACGUUUAUCCAGGAGGGGGGAAAGCAGAAUUACAAAAACUAUUGUGACACAGAUAUAAGAAAAAGGUACUCGAGACUUUUUGAAGCCUCUCUCCUCUUCUCUCAGUCUGACGAGAAACAGAUCUGCUGACCGUAUUUAACAGCAGCACACGGUUUUUAUUUCGGGGUCAGCUGUGACUGUCCUGUAAUGUUCACAGACAUGGACUAUGACUUGGAAGAGGAUAAACUUGGAAUCCCCACAGUACCCGGCACUGUGACUCUGAAGAAAGAUGCUAAUAAUCUUAUUGGCAUCAGUAUAGGAGGUGGAGCACAAUACUGUCCUUGUCUAUAUAUCGUCCAGGUAUUUGAUAACACCCCAGCAGCUCUGGAUGGGACUCUGGCAGCAGGAGAUGAAAUCACUGGUGUCAACGGGAAACCGGUGAAGGGGAAAACGAAGGUGGAGGUGGCCAAGAUGAUUCAGGCUGUCCAGGGAGAGUCAGUGAUCCACUACAACAAGCUGCAGGCUGACCCCAAACAGGGGAAGUCUCUGGAUAUAGUGUUGAAAAAAGUCAAACACCGCCUGGUGGAGAACUUGAGCGCAGGCACAGCAGACGCUCUGGGACUCAGCAGAGCUAUUCUCUGUAACGAUGGGUUAGUGAAAAGGCUGGAAGAGCUGGAGAAAACAGCCGAGCUCUACAAAGGGCUGAUGGAGCACACGAAGAGGCUGCUGCGAGCGUUUUUUGAACUUUCUCAAACUCACAGAGCGUUUGGAGACGUCUUCUCUGUCAUCGGUGUGCGAGAGCCUCAGGCUGCAGCCAGCGAGGCCUUUGUGAAGUUUGCAGAUGCUCAUCGCAACAUCGAGAAAUACGGCAUCCAGCUGCUAAAAACCAUCAAGCCUAUGCUCCAUGAUCUGAACACCUACCUUCACAAAGCCAUCCCAGACACCAAGCUCACCAUCCGCAAGUACCUGGAUGUGAAAUUUGAAUACCUGUCCUACUGCUUGAAGGUGAAGGAGAUGGAUGAUGAAGAGUACAGCAGCAUUGCCAUGGGAGAACCCCUGUAUCGGGUCAGCACUGGGAACUACGAGUACCGUCUGAUCCUGAGGUGUCGACAGGAAGCUCGCGCUCGCUUUGCUAAAAUGAGAAAGGACGUCCUGGAGAAGAUCGAGCUGCUGGAUCAGAAGCAUGUUCAGGACAUCGUGUUCCAGCUGCAGCGCUUCGUCUCUGGCAUGUCGCAUUACUACGACGAGUGCUACGCCGUCCUCAGAGAGGCGGACGUCUUCCCCAUCGAGGUGGAUCUCUCUCGCACCACGAUCAACUACAGCAGCCAGUCCCUCUCGUACACUGAAGACGAAGAUGAAGAAGAGGGCGGGGAGGACAGCGGGAGCAGACAAGCGGAGAACGGCGCAGAAAAACUGAUCGAUGACGACUGAGUGUGUCUGCUUUUAAAGGUUCUGUUUUACAUCAGCACUAAGCAGACAGUGGGUUAUCUCAGAUGAAGCUGAACAGUGUUUCCUGUUCAAACUGGAUUUCCUGCUGUCUUUAUCUUUCUUUCACACUAACACCUGAGUGGGAUUUUGCUGCACAUUUUCACUUGAUUCUCUUCUGACCAAAAACAUGCUGAAUUGGGUGUCAAUGAUAGAUGACAUCGAUUUUAACUAUCAAAUGAAAUAUUUCUCAGCUGUUACACAUGACUUUUGAUUGUUUUGUUGGUUUACAGGUUAAAAGUGGAUCUGUGGUUUAUGGGUGUCCCAAUACUCUCCCUCAUGGAACAACUCUCCCUCCGUUAGAUAUCAUUAAUGUAUUUUACUUGCCUCAAUUAAAAAAAACUGCUUUUUUUGUCAUUUGAUUUUGUUUGCAUUUCUGCUGUGCAUAUUUUACAAUUUCAACAACAACAAAAAAGUUUUAUGCUGCCAGCACUAAAUAUUAAGUCUGUGCAUAAUGGAACAUUUAUGUCAAUUUCCCGUUUUUCAUCACCCCAGAACCCUCCAGUCUUUGAGUUAUAGAUGAGCACUGCUCCAUCGGCAUCGCCAUGGAAACAAGAGUCAAAGUGUAGAGCCAAGUCCUCUGGGUCACAACCAAGAUCGAUCUGGAAUCUGUUUGGAUUAUAAAUCUAAUUGAUUCCUAGUUUAGAGUACCCUUUAGACAUAAAUGUGUUAACUUACUACAUUAAAUAGAGUGUGUCUGCUUUUUAAAGGUUCAACUUUACACUAACCCGACAGCUCUGUGAUUAAAAAAAUGUCUUUUUA